AUGGACCUCUUGCAACUCACGGCCGACAUGGCGCACCUCGCCUCCAUCCUCAUCCUCAUCCACCGCAUACACAUCCGCAAGACAUGCGCAGGCAUCUCCUUAAAGACACACAUCCUCUACCUCACCGUCUUCAUUACGCGCUAUGGCGACCUCUUCCUCUACACCCAUAGCAUCUACAACAUUACCAUGAAGAUCCUCUACCUCAUCACAUCCUCCUACAUUGUCUUUUUGAUGACACUCAGCCCGCACUACAAAUUGACGUGGUACCGCGGGCUUGAUACAUUCACAAUCACACCAAUCCUCGUCCUCUCUGCCGUCCUGGCAAUCAUCAUCACGCAUCGCUAUACCGUAUUUGAGGUGCUCUGGACAUGCAGUAUUAUUUUGGAGUCCAUGGCCAUUCUCCCUCAACUCUUCCACCUGACUCAAGUCCCUAGCCUACCAGCCCUACCCCUCUCUCACCUGGUUGCGCUCGGCGUCUAUCGCUUCUUCUACGUCUUGCACUGGAUGCAUGCUUCGUUCAAUCAUACUCGCAAAGUCGACUUUACCAGUUUUCUAUUUGGUCUCCUGCAAACCCUCAUCUGGGCAGAUUUCCUCUGGGUCUGGUACAAUCGCAAAGUCAUCAAA